GCGUACAUCUCUUUAAUUUGGAGGUGGAAUCUAGCAGAGGUACGUGGUCCUUCCGAAGAAACGCAGUGGCUACGACAAAACAAAGAAAAUCGAUGCUGCUUCUUCCUCCUCCUCCUUAGCUUCCUUCUCAAUACGCCACAAACACAAUACCCCCUUUAACAACGCUUCUUCUUCUUCUACUGAACCAACCAACCAUAUACAUAGCAACACAACCACCGUGACAUGAAAAUAGAUUGAUACUCUCUCUCUCUAUCUGUGUCUCGCUUUUCCCCAAAACGACAAUGGUAGCUGCCGUAUGCAGAUUCGGACGAACGGCGUUCCUCCUCAUUACUAUCACUUUCUGCCUCUUCGUUUUGCAGCCAUUCGCCAACGCGCGUUGCGACUACACGUUCAACGAUGGAAACAAGCUUUACAACUACACACUCUCUUCUCCCAUUCGUCACUUUCCUCACGGAAUCCUCAGUGAAGACGGGUUUUACAAAGUGUCAGUGAACGAGAGCACCCUUUGGUUUCAGCUUUGCGAUGAAAUGGUUUUCAAUCAUGAUCCUCCAAUAUGUGCUGACUGCUGGGAAUGUGGAGGACCAGCGCGAUGUGGGAUGGAGUGCAAUGCACUUGUGUCAAAUAACAUUGGAGGUUAUCAUGUAUGCACCACUCUAGGACGGGGCUCACAAAUAGAAGUUGAUGUUAUUGAUAAAAAAAAUCCCCACACUGGUGUCAUUGUUAAAAUGUCAAGCGGUGGCCUUAAGACCAAUUGUUCGCUAGCUGUCUCUGUGCUUUGUGAUUAUAAUGGAGUAAAAGAACCAUACACUCUGCAGAGAUUGGGAGCUUGUAAUUAUGCUACACAGCUAAAGCAUCCAUCUGCUUGUGCCAUAGUUGUAAAUGUUCAUGGGGGAGGGUUGGGGUGGUUUGGCACCUUAUCAAUUGUUGUUGUGUGCCUUUUUGCUACAUAUCUACUGGCUGGUGCUGCCUAUCGAUUUUUCUUCCUUGGGAUUCGCGGUGUAGAUGCAAUCCCUAAUGUAGACUUCUGGGCCAGCUUGCCUAGAAGAAUACAGAUUUGGUUUUCAUCAUUAGUGAGGAGGUUUAAGGGACCAUCCGAAGGUUACCGAAGCUCCUAUUCUCCGGUGAACUUCUGAUUUUACAUUUUUUGGUUCCAGAUUUUUCUUGUGGGUCCAUUCCAAGAUUAUCUAGGAUAUGAGAAGCACAUGCUGCAGAAAUGGGCAGAUAAGUCAAUUUUUUCAG